UGGGGUGAAGCCCGUGACAGAGCAAGGAGCCGGAGAAGAGAAGGGCCAAGACUUGGUUCUGGAAUCUUCUCCUCUCGCUGUGAAUUCUGGAAAAUUGUUGAUGGUGAUGCUUGCGAGGGAGAGGCUGUUGAAGAAUCUGCUGGAGAUUUAUUGGGAAAGAAGCAUCUCUCUGCAAACAGGUCAGCAUCUGGACUGAAUACGAGUCAGCUCACCAUCUUCUUUAAUGGGAAUGUCUGUGUCUAUGAUGGAAUUCCUGCAGAAAAGGUGCAUGAGAUAAUAUGCAUUGCUGCUUCUGCUGCUAAGUCUGCUGACAUGAAGAAUGCAAUACAGUCCUCCUUUACUUCACCCAUUCCCACAAGGCCAUCUUCUCCACAGGGAAAUCCUAAUAAUUUGGCUUCACCGAAACCACUGUGUUUUCCUGGGCAGAAGAGUUCCAUUUGUGGGUUGCAAGAAUUUCCAAUUGCACGCAGACAGUCACUGCAGCGCUUUCUUGAGAAGCGACGAGAUAGGUUGGGGAGUAGAGCCCCAUACCCUUCUCCGGCAAGAACCAAAGCGUCUGAGAAUACGGAGAAUAGCUGCAGUGCUGAUAAUGCACCUGAUCUGGUCUCCUUCAAACACUCAGAGGAGGAGAUUCAACCCAGCGUCAUUGCCUCUUAAGUGUCAAAAGUUGUUUCUACUUAAUGGCUAUAAUUAUUGUUGUGUGUAGAAGAACCUCAAUGUGCUUGCAUGUAGAAGUUUAAUGACCGUGAAUCUGUGACAUGGUUUUUGUUUAGUCUUUAGCAUACGUGUAACCUAACUGCUGAACUUGAUAUGGGUCAGUGAAAAUGACUUGAAAGUCUGCAUUAUGUUCUCUAUGCUCGGAAUAUCCAUCCUAAUUAUGUUAUUCUUAGACAAUGUUGUGUUUCUGGACAAUUAAAUUAUCUGUUAUGUUCAUAUUGCGACGUUUGUUUUUGUCA